AGGAGACCCUUUGUAGCAGAAAUGGGUAUUGUUCCGCCCUCCAGUGCUCAAGUGUAUCAGCUGCGAUUUGGAACUCAACUACCUAGGUACCUAUAGCUAGGUAGGCACCUGGGCAGCGGUAUUUGCAAUUGGGGAGAGACUAGCCAAAGCUGGCUAGCGCAAUAUUUCCUUGGCGCCAUCCACGGAUCCUCCUUGACUCCUCUGCACAGCACCUACCCAGCAACUACAAGUACUUUAUACUGUCUCUUCCUCCCACGUCCGACUGAACAACCUCCUGUACUUCCAAUCCAAGUCAGAAUACCUAUCUCAAGAAAUCCAAUUGGACAUGUUCUAGUUACGCCACUAGGGCACGGGGUUUCACCGGGAGGGAGGCGCAGAACGGCCCAACUAGAGGGUCAAUAACCCCUACGCGCACCGUCGUGUUUAGCCGGACGUGAAAAGUCGACCGCAAUGCCUGCUGUGGCUGCAGAAGGAGGAGAGGAAGAAGAAAGACGUCCGAGGUCGCCCGAAGAGCACGUGCAACGUGACGAUGAGCCCGAGGUUGCCCAACAGGCGCCUAAGCGGAGAAAGCGCAAGAGGAACAAAGAUGCCCAUGUUUCCGAUGACAGUCCGCCAAAGGACAAGUCAGGAGGGAAGCAAAAGAGAAGGAGAAGGAGUAACAACCCCGCUCAACCAGAAGAAGAAGAGGAAAGAGUCGAUGAACGAGUUCCAGAGCCCACGCAGACGUCUAGUGCUCAUGACGACGAUAAUGACGACGCCUCAUGCAGGAAAGGCAGAGCCAUGACCGGCGCUGAAGCGGAGCUCCAACAUCGGCACAAGCUGCAUCGGCCCUAUGAUGUUCGCCCGUCAGGCGAAUUCAGCGACGACGAAAGGGAGCUGAUCCGCCGCAAAAUCAGGCAGUACCAGCAAGCCCACGGGUUAAGCGUUGCCGACCUGGUCGCGCUGAUCCAAUUCACGAAACCGUACCGCAGCUCCACCCAGCAACAAGGUAACCCCCAGGUCGAAGCUCGCCAGAUUGCCAUGAGCACCCGGUUCUGGGCCCAUGUCUACGAUGCCCUGCCAGAACGCAAGAACAACAAAGCAAUGAGUGGGACGACUGGUAUCCAGCGCUUUGUCCGCCGCAAAUAUCACAGCUUCAAAGGAUCCGGCGGGUGGACGGAAGAGGAAGAUGAGCUCCUCGCCCAACUGCAGGAAGCGCAUCCCAACAGCUGGAAGCUCAUCUCUCAGACGAUGGGCGAUAGGGAUCCGACCGCCUGCCGUGAUCGGUGGCGAAAUUACCUUCAGUAUGGCGAGAGACGAGCUACCCAUACCUGGUCCGAGGAGGAAAUGGACAUGUUGGAGAGCGCGGUUGAAACGGUGAUAUCAAUUGCCAAGCAAGAGCGGGCGGACGCCGGCCAGGAACCCCUACCAGAGUACACGUCGCGCCACAUCAACUGGAAGGCCGUAGCCCAGAGGGUGGGUUCGCGCAGCCGGUUGCAGUGCUUGAUGAAGUGGAAGAGUUUGCAAGAGCAGCGCGAGAGAGAGGCCAUGUUUUCUGGUGACAAGAAGCGGAAGCGGAAGCGGAAGCAAUCGAGAGCAUGAUUGCUCGGGGAUAAAGAAUUAUUUGGAGAGACAAAGAGAACGAGAAGGAAGCACUUGCAAAUGCAGUAAGCUUCAACACAAAGGAAGGCGAUGAAGAGAAGAAGAGCAGGAGUUGUACGAUAGGUGGGUUGCCUUGUCCUUUGACUUCGACUAGCUACUCUUAUGAAAGGGACGUAAUAAGAUGCCCA